AUGGGUAAAAGAAAAAAUAAAAAUGCAGAAAAAAAGAAAAAGAUUAGUUUAGUUUUUGACGAAAACAAAAGGAGGGACUUUCUGUGUGGAUUCCGAAAACGUAAACUUGAGAGAAAAAAGAAGGCUAAAGAACAGAUGGAGCGAAUGUUAAAAGAAGAAAGAAAACGUAUAAAACAAGAGAAUAAAGAAUCUUACAAAAAGCUUGUUGUGUCCAGUCGCCCAAUACCUGACAUUGAACAGUUGCUUCAAGAAGAAUACGAAGAUGAGGAUGUGAAUGUAAAAAUAGUUGAACUUUCGUCUGAUACUUUACAGAAAAAAGAUAUUGUUAUAGGAGACAACAAGCCAAAAAUGAAUACCAAUAAAGUUAUUGAAGUUAAGAAAAAGAAAGAGGAUAUGACACAAAAAGUUCCUGGAAUGGGAUUUAAUGAAGAAAGUGGCAAUGAAGCAUCAGAACCAGAAGGUGCAAGUGAUGAAACUAGUUUAAAAACUAAAAAGGAACUCAAACAAAUGCUCAAAAGGCAAGCUACUAAGAAAAUACAAAAAAGCAAAGUUUUUCAAAUGAAGAGUAAAUUGGACAGAAUUCAAAAUAAGAAAAAAUCACAACAAAAGAAGGGUCAUAUUAUGAAAAAAAAAUCUGAUGUCAAAAAAAGUAAAUCAAGGAAGAAAAGUCAUAAAAAAAAG